AUGGCACCAACUACAGAGCCUUUGGAUCUCGUCAACUUCUGGCUCUCUUUGACCUGGUCAUUGGUGUGGAAAAUUCUGGUGACCUUUCUGGUGUUGAAGAACUUCAAGAAUUUUCCAUUCGCAUGGCAUAUUCGUCUUCUCCGUGGAUAUCGCUGGCUUCUGCGCUCAAAUCGGUCAAAAGAUGGUCCUUCACCUGCCCAGCUCUUUCAACCUUUGAUUCUGUCUUCCGGAAAUGCGCUCUGCGAGUUGGACUACAAUGGCCAUAAAUCCAACAGCACAUACUUUGCCGAUCUCGACAUUGCGCGCGCUCACCUGAUGUGCACCCUCUUCUCAAGCGGUGUGGACUACGCUCGAAACGCACCACGCAGAACCGGUAUUCUCGGUGUAUCUGAUGAUCUGAUCGGUCUAGCCCUUGGCGCAGUCAGUUGUACAUUUCGCAAGGAAGUGAAGCCUUUUCAAAGCUACGAAAUAUGGACGCGAGUUUUAUCCUGGGACGAAAAAUGGAUAUACACCGUUACACACUUCGUGCGAAAGGACACUGUGCGACCACGUAGCUUUACGCUUCUACCUCAAGGAUACAGUUCUCGACAGGGCAAACUCAACGAUUUGACUCGAAAGGAAGACGCUAUAUUCGCCUCUGCUUUGAGCAAAUGUGUGUGGAAGAAGGGACGUCGAACUGUUUCACCUGAAAUUAUGCUCCAGGUCUCUGGACUUUUGCCCCCACGACCUGGUCAGGAAGAUUUCGUGGCUAGUCUCCGCGACGAACCAUUAGGAAAGCUCACAGUCACCAAGCAGUUUGAAGAGUACUACGAUCUCCCAUUCAAGUUGGUCGCCAAGAUGGAGGAUGCAUGGGAUGCACUCAAGGCGCACUUCUCUACGGAAAUCGAAGAUGUCGCUGAAGAGGGUCGAAUCCGAAGCGGAAAGCCACCCCAUCCCAUCCGAAACAACCAGCAGCAACAGCAACCCCGCGAAGAAUGGACAUGGGAGAGAGUGGAUCAGGAGCGUCGACGUGGUAUGGAGAUUGCCAGGAGUCUGGCUGACAUGGAUCGGUUGCACGGCGAGUUCACCGCUGACACUGAUGCGUUGGCUAUGCGCCGUGACCUGUGGUAG